GCAAAACAGCUUCAAUUAUUUUUUUCUUUAGUUCCAUCGAGAGAAUGUCAGAACUCAAAACUCGCAUAAUCGGAAAAUUCAAAGACAAAGCUUCGAUAGGCAAAGCAAGAUUGGUUCAUAGUUUUAGCUCCACUGCCGUCAAAUACAUUCACUUAGCCCUCUUGAAAUCAACAACUCAUACUUCUAACAAACCACCAAACAGUGAUUAUGUCUCCGAUGUCAUCUCUUACUCCAACAGCCGUUACGCUCCGGCAGCUUUCGCGGCGGCUUUGUGGAGAUUACGUGUCACGAAGAACGCUAUUGUGGCCACCAAAUCUCUCAUCGUCAUCCACAAGCUUAUCAAAUCAUCAAGAGACAACUUUGAAGGCCUAGAUCGUGAUCGAAACAAUCUAAAGUUGAAUGAGUUUUCAGACAAAUCUUCUACUCUCGCACUAGAAUUGUCUCAAUGGAUUAGAUGGUAUGGACUAUAUUUGGAUCGUCUCUCAUGGGUUCCGAAAGUAUUAGGAUCUUUUCCAAAUUUAUUGGAGAACCCAAAAGAGAAAGUCAAAGAGAAAGAUCGUGUUUCGUCUUACCAAACCGGGUGUAUUAUGAGACAAACGGAUUUUCUUGUGAGUUUUUUUGAGCAUAUAUGUACCAGACCGGAGGCUCCACCUAUGUACGAAAACAAGAUCGUGGACGAGAUUAGAGAGCUCGUGAUUCAAGACUACUUUAUGGUUGUGAGAUUGGUUAUGGUACGGCUUCAAGUGUUGAGUGAAAGAUUGAUUAAACCGGGUGUUAAGUAUAUUGGUGAUCCCGGUUUGAACGAUUUGAUUUUGGUUUUGGUGAGACUUGAAGAAUGCAAAGAGAGUUUGAGUGGAUUUUUUUGGCGUUGCAGACGUCUAGCAGAAGAUUUUUGGUGUUUGGUUGAGAUGUUGAAAGCCGAAACGGUAAAGGACAAUAAGCAAAUGGUUAUAUUAGCCGGUUUGGUUCAGACUACGGUUAAAGACGACAAGGAGAUGGUUGAAAUAUUGGCCGGUUCGUCUCCAACCGAAUGGGUAACAUUCGACGACUCUGAGACAUCAACACACGAUGUGAAAAAUUUGGAUUCCAAAUGGGUAACAUUUGAUGACUACAAUGGAUUGACGAAUGAGUCGGUGUGGCUCAGUUUGUAUACGUAACAUUCGAUGAAUGGUUGGUCCAAUUAGGUGAGGAAAGAUCCGGUUUACACAUGGUAGACCGAAGUCGUCUCACUGCGAACAUAAAUACGAGCUUUAUAA